UUGAAAAAAUUAGAUAGACAACUUCAUGGGGCUUCGCGGAAAUUAGACACAAAAUAUGCGCCUUGAGAAUUAAUUCGGAGGAGGAUGAAUGCUAUUGGACUGUUGGAUAAAUCAAUUUAGGCAUUUUUCUCCGAGAACGUAGCCAUUUCAUAAUGAAGCAAAGAUAAUACUAUCUUUGAGUGCACUAAUCAGAUUACAACAGACGAUGGGUGGUAAUAUUAUCAAAAAUCCAUAAAAAUUCUAAUUUUAAUUAUAAAGUCCAUUCCCUUAUCGAUUGAACUAUUGCACAUCCGAGAAAGUAAGGUGGUUCAAAGAGCAAAUAGCUGAGUCAAACGUUACAAAAAUGCUACUUUCUCGUUGCCCUGGUUUCGGAUUUUGAUAAGCAGUACUUUAUACUACAAUUACAAUAGAUAAAGGUAGACUGUACUUAAUUUCCACAAUUUGUUCUCUACCUACCUACCUACAUAGUGCAAGCGUUGCAUGCAGAACCCCAAAUUUGUAUUUAUAAAUACCAAGUGAGUGUACUGUAGAUAUGAAUAGAAUCAGAAUCAAAGGAGCAAGAUUUUAUACGCACUUAAGUUACUUGCACCACAUAGGAAAAACACCACUGAAAUACACUACGUUAGGAAAACAACUGGAACUGACAUCAUCGCGGUUCCCCGAACGGGAGGCGGUGAUAGCAUUUCAAGAAAACAGAAGAAUUACUUACCACGACUUACUAUCUCAAGCCGAUCGAUUUGCCGCUGGUCUUCAUCAAAUCGGCGUAAACUACGGGGAUCGUGUCGGAAUCUGGGCGCCCAAUAUCUUAGAAUGGAACAUCCUUUGUUUUGCUUGCGCACGAGCGGGGUUCGUCGCGGUAUUCAUAAAUCCCAAUUACAUCGCUCAAGAACUGGAGUAUUGUAUUAACAAGGUUGGCAUGAAAGUUAUUAUCUGCCCAGAAAUGUGUGACAAACUGCACUUCUAUGAUACUCUGGGCACCGUAGUAAGUAAUUUGCGCCAGCAAAAACCCGAAAAUUUGAACAACCCCAGCACCCAGUCCUUAAAAAACAUCAUCACGGUAUCUGAAAACAGUCUUGGUGGUACAUUUAAUUAUAACGAAAUUUUGCAUUUGGCGAACGAAACCUCCAUUAAGAAAAUUAAAAGCAACCAAGAUUGUGUCCGCCCCGAUGAUGCGGUUAACAUUCAAUUCACAUCUGGCACCACCGGGAAACCAAAGGCGGCAAUGGUCAGCCACUAUAAUCUCGUUAACAACGCAUUUUUCAUUGGACAGCGAAACGAGCUAGAGACGAAACAUCACAAAAUCUGUGUACAAGUGCCAUUUUUCCACGCGUUUGGUUGUACGAUCACAAUUGGGGCGGCUAUAAGUCAUGGGGCUACAAUGGUUGUACCCUCCCCGAGGUACAAUCCACUCCAAAACCUGAAAGCGAUCAAAGAGGAAAAUUGCACAAUUAUCCACGGCACACCGACAAUGUACGUCGAUUUAGUCAACGUUCAGUCGCAGUACAAUGAAAACAUUUCUCCUGAAAUAGCAGUUUCCGGUGGAGCACUUUGCUCGCCUGAACUGUUCAAAAAAAUGAAGAAACACUUAAACGUGAAUAAAGUGAAGUCCGUAUAUGGACUAACAGAGACGACUGCUUGUGUCUUUCAAACCAUGCCAUCAGAUGACGAAGAAAAGAUGCUCAAUACCGUAGGGCAUGUUUGCGAUCACUUAGAAGUAAAACUUGUUGACGAAAACAAUAAGGUGGUGCCUUUAGGAACACCGGGUGAGCUGUGCGUUCGAGGAUAUACCACUAUGCUGGGUUACUGGGAAGAUCGAGAGAAAACCGACGAAAUGAUCGACAACCACCAUUGGUUAAAAACCGGGGACCAAUUCAUUCUCCGCAAAGACGGAUAUGGGAAAAUUGUGGGGAGGCUGAAGGAUAUGAUCAUUAGAGGAGGCGAGAAUAUAUUCCCUAAAGAGAUUGAGGAUUUCUUGAAUGCACAUCCAGCCGUACUAGAUGCGCACGUAAUUGGUUUGCCGCAUGAAAGAUUAGGCGAAGAAGUUUGUGCUUGCAUAAAAUUGCGCGAUGGAGCCGAAUUAACGCUGGAAGCACUUACAGAGUUCUGCAAGGAGAGUUUGGCUAAAUUCAAAAUUCCCACCCAGUUGAGGAUUGUAGAUGAGUUCCCCAAAACGCAGUCGGGAAAAAUUCAAAAAUUUGUAUUAAAAAAGCAAUACGAGUCAGUUAAAUAAAUUCAAUAAUAUUUA